GGCGCGGCACGGGAGGGCGGGGAAACCAGCAAUUUCCGCUUCCGGUCCGUCGCCCCUUUCGGUUGCUUCCCGUCUCCUCGGCGGCUCCCCUCCCCCGCCCGGCUCUCCGCGCCCCUUUUGGGCGGCGGGGCGGCGGAGCCGUCGGCGUGCGGUCCCCCGUUGCGUUCGUGAGUGCGCCCGUGGCGCCUCCUGGUCCGCCGCCCGGGGCCCGGCGCACGCCCCGCGACACCGAGGCCGAGCGGGGCAGGGGGCUGACCGCCAUGACCCCCCAGAGCCCGGCGUGAGGGGGCCGAGCCCAUGUCCCACUUGUGUUUCCAGAGGUCCUGUUCCUCUCUCAGAUGCGGUGACCUGCCAGCGCCUGCCGCAGCCUUCGUCCGGGAGUCGCCGCGUCUCUCCACGCAUCAGGGGCCCUGUGCCCCUUGCUGCUGCAGCCAGGCACCAUGUCGACCUCGUCCUUGAGGCGCCAGAUGAAGAACAUUGUCCACAACUACUCAGAGGCGGAGAUCAAGGUUCGAGAGGCCACGAGCAAUGACCCCUGGGGUCCGUCCAGCUCCCUCAUGUCAGAGAUUGCCGACCUCACCUACAAUGUCGUCGCCUUCUCGGAGAUCAUGAGCAUGAUCUGGAAGCGGCUCAACGACCAUGGCAAGAACUGGCGGCACGUCUACAAGGCCAUGACGCUGAUGGAGUACCUCAUCAAGACCGGCUCAGAGCGCGUGUCACAGCAGUGCAAGGAGAACAUGUACGCUGUGCAGACGCUGAAGGACUUCCAGUAUGUGGACCGCGACGGCAAGGACCAGGGCGUGAACGUGCGCGAGAAAGCCAAGCAGCUGGUGGCCCUGCUGCGCGAUGAGGACCGGCUGCGGGAGGAGCGGGCACAUGCACUCAAGACCAAGGAAAAGCUGGCACAGACCGCCACGGCCUCAUCAGCAGCUGUGGGCUCGGGCCCCCCUCCUGAGGCGGAGCAGGCAUGGCCACAGAGCAGUGGGGAGGAGGAGCUGCAGCUCCAGCUGGCCCUGGCCAUGAGCAAGGAGGAGGCUGACCAGCCCCCAUCCUGCGGUCCCGAGGACGACGCCCAGCUCCAGCUGGCCCUUAGUUUGAGCCGAGAAGAGCAUGAUAAGGAGGAGCGGAUCCGUCGCGGGGAUGACUUGCGGCUGCAGAUGGCGAUCGAGGAGAGCAAGAGAGAGACUGGGGGCAAGGAGGAGUCGUCCCUCAUGGACCUUGCUGACGUCUUCACGGCCCCAGCUCCUCCCCCAACCACAGACCCCUGGGGGGGCCCAGCACCCAUGGCUGCUGCCGUCCCCACGGCUGCCCCCACCUCGGAUCCCUGGGGCGGCCCCCCUGUCCCUCCGGCUGCUGAUCCCUGGGGAGGUCCGGCCCCCACGCCAGCCUCUGGGGACCCCUGGAGGCCUGCUGCCCCUGCAGGACCCUCAGUUGACCCUUGGGGUGGGACCCCAGCCCCUGCAGCUGGGGAGGGGCCCACGCCGGAUCCAUGGGGAAGUUCCGAUGGUGGGGUCCCGGUCAGUGGACCCUCGGCCUCCGAUCCCUGGACACCGGCUCCAGCCUUCUCAGACCCCUGGGGAGGGUCCCCUGCCAAACCCAGCACCAAUGGCACCACAGCCACUGGGGGAUUCGACAUGGAGCCCGACGAGUUCUCUGACUUCGACCGACUCCGCACGGCACUGCCGACCUCCGGGAGCAGCGCGGGAGAGCUGGAGCUGCUGGCAGGAGAGGUCCCGGCCCGAAGCCCUGGGGCGUUUGACAUGAGUGGGGUCAGGGGAUCUCUGGCUGAGGCUGUGGGCAGCCCCCCACCUGCAGCCACACCAACUCCCACGCCCCCCACCCGGAAGACACCGGAGUCAUUCCUGGGGCCCAAUGCAGCCCUCGUCGACCUGGACUCGCUGGUGAGCCGGCCAGGCCCCACGCCGUCUGGAGCCAAGGCCUCCAACCCCUUCCUGCCAGGCGGAGGCCCAGCCACUGGCCCCUCUGUCACCAACCCCUUCCAGCCCGCGCCCCCUGCGACGCUAACCCUGAACCAGCUCCGUCUCAGUCCUGUGCCUCCUGUCCCUGGAGCGCCACCCACGUACAUCUCUCCUCUUGGCGGGGGCCCUGGCCUGCCCCCCAUGAUGCCCCCAGGCCCCCCGGCCCCCAACACUAACCCCUUCCUCCUAUAAUCCAGGGCGGAAGGGGGCCUGGCUCCAUCCGGCUGCCCCAUUCUGGCUCCCUGGGAGAUCAGUGUUGUGAGUGCAUGUGAAAUGGGGGAUCCCUGCCCCCAGUGCCCUUCCCCCUCCUGGGGCCCACUCACACUACACCCUCUUCCUUUCCCACCCCACCUCCCCGGAGAGAAACUGGACUUGGGGCCUGGGGAGGGGAGCUGGCCAGAGGAGGACCCCUUUCCCGUGGCAUUAGAAGGGGGAGGGGCGGCUGGGGCCCCCACCCAUUCCCCCUCCCUCCAAACUCUCAACCCCCAGUCAGUGUUUGAGCCUCCUUGUUCCCCUCACGCACCCCCCCACGCACCCUUGGUGAAUCCUUGGUGAUGAUUUUGGCAACUUGGGGAAUAAAUGGCAAUUCCCACGGGCUUGGC